AUGGCGCACUCACAGAUUUUGAUUCGAUUGCACACUGAAGCUGCCCUAACAGGUGGACAACAGCCGUACAGCCGUACAGCCAUCUCCAUCACACAGGGCCGACCACGAGGAGCUCGCAGCCCGCAUAUCAGCACAGCCACCCUCAGCAAGAAGCAACAGAAGAAAAUCUGCAGGAAAGCCGAGAAGUUGGCGCGCUGGCAGCACCAGCACCAGCACCAGCAGCCGACUCAUGGUUCCGACGAUCUGUUCGAAGCCAACUAUGGCGAUAUACCACUAGAGGAGAUCCAGUCUAAGGCCAUCUCCGGUCGUUCGUGGACCAAUGUUUGCGACCUCGAUGCCGCCGCCGUGGGUCGCUCCGUGCUGGUACGCGCGGCCACUCAAGCGAUCCGCGAGGUUGGCAAUAAGAUGGUCUUCUUCGUUCUGCGCCAGAGCAUGAGCACCGUGCAGUGCGUGCUUGUCGCUAGCGCCGACGCUGGGACCAGCACGCAGAUGGUGCGAUUCACGGCAUCCCUCAGCGUAGAGUCAAUCGUCGAAGUCGAGGGUGUUGUCUCCCUUCCCGAGUACCCCAUAAAGGACUGCACGCAGCAGGUUGAGAUUCAAGUGAGGAAGAUCUACUGUGUCAAUAGGGCUAUACCGAACCUUCCGAUGAACUUUGAGGACGCAGCCCGGAGUGAAAUCGAGAUUGAAAAGGUUGAACAUGAUGGACAACAACAGAACAUUAUUCGUGUUGGGCAAGAUACCCGAUUGAAUUAUAGAGCUAUUGACCUACGAAUACCGUCCAACCAAGCAAUAUUUCGAAUUCAGUGUCAAGUUGAAAACAAAUUCAGAGAAUUUUUGUUGUCCAAGGGCUUUGUUGGGAUCCAUACCCCAAAACUGAUUGCAGGAUCCAGUGAGGGCGGUGCUGCUGUAUUUAAUCUUUUAUACAAUGAGCAGAAAGUUCUCGCACACACAGGCAUCUCUCAGUUUAUUGGUCUUGAUGCUGAAAUGGAGAUUAAGGAGCACUAUUUUGAAUAUUGGUUCUUUAUGUACGUUUGUGAUAUUGUUGAUGGAUUAUUCUUGUCGAUAUUUAAACACUUGAAUGAGAACUGCAAGGAGGAACUUGAGGCAAUAAAUAAGCAGUAUCCAUUUGAACCUCUGAAGUAUCUGGAUCAAACCUUGAAGCUCACUUAUGAGGAAGGAAUUCAAAUGUUGAAGGAUGCUGGAACAGAAACGACUCCUAUCAGGGUGACCUCAAUACUGAUGCUGAGAAAAAGCUUGGUCAACUUGUCAAGGAAAAGUAUGGCACGGAUUUCUUCAUUCUCUAUCGAUAUCCUUUGGCUGUCCGUCCAUUCUACACCAUGUCUUGUUAUGACAACCCAGCUUACAGCAAUUCUUUUGAUGUCUUCAUUCGAGAAAGAUUUAAACCAAUUUAAUAACAUAUCACAGAUGCAAUGGAAGAAGAACAUGGAGAAACUUUUAGACGGGGAAAGAAGGAAGCAUGAAUCUUAG